GGCGGGACAGACCCGAGCUAGGGUGGUUCUCCUUUUCCCCUUCUCCGAGCGCCCCCGCGCCAACUCUCGCGCCGGGUUCGCGGCGGAAACCUCCCUCCUCUUUCGCCUCCUUCGGCUCCUUCCCUCCGCCCUUCCACCGCCAGCCACUGGAAUCAAUUCUUUGGGGGAAUUGGGGCUUCGCCGCUGCCGCCGCCGCGGAGGACAGCCUUUCCGCGCGGGACUCCGGGGCACCGAUAGGGCCAUGUAAGCAGUUGCCGUCACCCCCAGCUACAACUUAAGGAGAUUGUGGGGUUUCGUCUUCAGUCUGUCCAGGGACUGGCUGUUGCAGGCUCUUUGUGAAGCGACCCUCCAGAGCGCCACGCCGGGCAUGGACGCCUUCUUCCGCACUUGGAGGAGCACGGGUGCUAGUGUCAUCGCCCAGUCACAAAGCUGCUAAGGCCGUCUCAGGGGCGUGGGCGUCAGGACAGGAGGGCAGCAUCCGAGGGCCACAGAGCCAUGCCUUUCGGCCUGAAGCUCCGCCGGACUCGGCGCUACAACGUCCUGAGCAAGAACUGCUUUGUCACCCGCAUCCGCCUGUUGGACAGCAACGUUAUCGAGUGCACGCUGUCUGUGGAGAGCACAGGGCAGGAGUGCCUGGAGGCGGUGGCCCAGAGGCUGGAGCUGCGGGAGACGCACUACUUUGGCCUUUGGUUUCUCAGCAAGAGCCAGCAAGCACGAUGGGUGGAGCUGGAGAAACCUCUGAAGAAACAUCUGGACAAAUUUGCUAAUGAGCCUCUGCUUUUCUUUGGAGUCAUGUUUUAUGUGCCAAAUGUGUCGUGGCUUCAGCAAGAGGCCACAAGAUAUCAGUAUUACCUGCAAGUCAAAAAAGACGUGCUCGAAGGGCGGUUGCGAUGUACGCUGGAACAGGUGAUCCGACUGGCGGGCUUAGCUGUGCAAGCUGAUUUUGGAGACUAUAAUCAGUUUGACUCUCAGGAUUUCCUCAGAGAAUAUGUGCUGUUUCCAAUGGAUUUGGCCCUGGAAGAAGCUGUUCUGGAGGAGCUGACACAGAAGGUGGCCCAAGAACACAAAGCCCACAGUGGAAUCCUGCCAGCAGAAGCUGAGCUUAUGUACAUCAAUGAGGUGGAACGUUUGGACGGCUUUGGACAGGAAAUCUUCCCUGUGAAGGACAAUCAUGGAAACAGUGUGCACCUGGGCAUUUUCUUUAUGGGGAUUUUCGUGAGAAACAGAAUUGGAAGACAAGCAGUAAUAUACAGGUGGAAUGACAUGGGGAAUAUCACUCACAACAAGUCAACUAUCCUGGUGGAGCUCAUCAGCAAAGAGGAGACUGCCCUCUUUCACACGGACGAUAUCGAAAACGCCAAGUAUAUAUCUCGAUUGUUUGCUACACGGCACAAGUUUUACAAACAAAACAAAAUCUGCACUGAACAAUCAAAUUCUCCACCCCCUAUCAGACGCCAGCCCACCUGGAGCCGGUCCUCCCUGCCCCGGCAACAACCGUACAUCUUACCUCCUAUGCAUGUCCAGUGUGGCGAACACUACUCGGAAACACACACUUCUCAAGACAGCAUCUUCCAUGGGAAUGAAGAAGCCUUGUAUUGCAACUCGCACAACAGCCUGGACUUAAGUUAUAUAAAUGGCACCGUCACCAAUGGCAGUGUGUGUAGCAUUCACAGCGUCAACUCCCUCAGUUGCUCCCAAAGCUUCAUCCAGGCUUCUCCCGUGUCCUCCAACCUCAGCAUCCCUGGGAGUGACAUCAUGCGGGCUGACUACAUCCCGAGCCACCGGCACAGCGCCAUCAUCGUGCCAUCCUACCGGCCGACCCCCGAUUAUGAGACAGUCAUGCGGCAGAUGAAGAGGGGGGUCGUGCACACGGACAGCCAGAGCCAGUCCCUGCGAAACCUCAACAUCAUCAACACCCACGCCUACAACCAGCCAGAGGAUCUGGUGUACAGCCAGCCCGAGAUGCGGGAGAGGCACCCCUACACUGUCCCUUAUGGGCCCCAGGGGGGCUACGGUAACAAACUGGUCAGUCCAUCGGACCAGAUCAACCCGAAGAAUACCACGGUGCCAAGCAAGCCCGGGGCAAGCGCCAUCUCACACACGGUGAGCACCCCGGAGUUGGCCAACAUGCAGCUCCAGGGCACCUAUAACUACAACACGGCCCACAUGCUCAAAAACUAUCUCUUCCGGCCACCACCCCCCUACCCACGGCCCCGCCCCGCCACGAGCACCCCGGACCUCGCCAGCCACCGCCACAAGUACGUCAGCGGCAGUAGCCCCGACUUGGUGACUCGCAAAGUGCAGCUGUCCGUGAAGACCUUCCAGGAGGACAGCUCCCCGGUGGUGCAUCAGUCUCUCCAGGAGGUGAGCGAGCCCCUCACGGCCACCAAGCACCACGGCACGGUGCACAAGCGCCACAGCCUGGAGGUGAUGAGCAGCAUGGUGCGGGGCAUGGAAGCCAUGACCUUGAAGUCGCUAAACAUCCCCAUGGCCCGCCGCAACACUCUGCGAGAGCCGGGGCCACCCGAGGAGGUGCCGGGGAGCCACGAGGUCCCCCAGCUUCCCGAGUAUCACCACAGGAAGACUUUCUCGGAUGCCACGAUGCUGAUCCACAGCAGCGAGAGCGAGGAGGAAGAAGAGGAGGCUCCGGAACCGGUGCCCCAGAUCCCCGUGCUCCGCGAGAAGAUGGAGUACAGCGCCCAGCUACAGGCCGCCUUAGCCCGCAUUCCAAACAAGCCCCCACCCGAGUACCCCGGACCCAGGAAAAGUGUGAGCAACGGGGCGCUGGGGCAAGACCAGGUGUGCCUUCCUCCCGCCAUCGCCAGGGCCAGGGUCCUGAGGCAGGGGCCAGCCAAGGCCAUCAGUAUCUCCCGGGCUGACCAGACGGCCAUCAACGGGUCCUCUCUUGGUCCAUCCAUCUCAGAGCCCGACCUGACAAGUGUGAAGGAGCGGGUCAAGAAAGAGCCUGUGAAGGAGAGACCUGUGUCUGAAAUGUUCUCCCUGGAGGACAGCAUUAUAGAAAGAGAGAUGAUGAUCCGGAAUCUAGAGAAGCAGAAGAUGGCAGGCCUGGAGGCACAGAAGAGGCCACUGAUGUUGGCAGCCUUGAACGGACUCUCGGUUGCUCGGGGCUCGGGGCGGGAAGAAAGUCGCGUUGAUGCCACCCGAGUUCCCAUGGAUGAGAGGUUCAGAACCCUGAAGAAGAAGCUCGAAGAGGGAAUGGUGUUCACAGAAUAUGAGCAGAUUCCAAAGAAAAAGGCAAAUGGCGUUUUCAGCACAGCAGCUCUGCCAGAAAAUGCUGAGCGCAGCCGUAUCCGGGAGGUCGUCCCCUACGAGGAGAACCGCGUAGAGCUCAUACCGACCAAAGAAAACAACACAGGCUACAUUAACGCCUCCCACAUCAAGGUGGUGGUUGGUGGGGCAGAAUGGCACUACAUCGCCACUCAGGGGCCUCUGCCGCACACGUGCCAUGACUUCUGGCAGAUGGUGUGGGAGCAGGGAGCGAAUGUGAUCGCCAUGGUCACCGCAGAGGAGGAAGGCGGACGAACCAAGAGCCACCGAUAUUGGCCCAAACUGGGUUCCAAGCACAGCUCAGCCACCUAUGGCAAGUUCAAGGUCACCACAAAGUUCCGAACAGAUUCCGGUUGCUAUGCAACCACAGGCUUGAAGGUCAAGCACCUUUUGUCCGGGCAGGAAAGGACAGUGUGGCAUUUGCAAUAUACUGAUUGGCCAGAUCACGGCUGCCCAGAGGAUGUUCAAGGAUUUUUGUCCUACUUGGAGGAGAUCCAGUCGGUCCGUCGCCAUACCAACAGCAUGUUGGAAAGCACCAAGAACCAGCACCCCCCGAUAGUGGUCCACUGCAGUGCUGGGGUGGGAAGGACUGGCGUGGUCAUCCUUUCUGAGCUGAUGAUCUACUGCCUGGAGCAUAAUGAAAAGGUGGAAGUGCCCAUGAUGCUGAGGCUCCUCAGGGAGCAGAGGAUGUUUAUGAUCCAGACCAUCGCUCAGUACAAGUUUGUCUACCAGGUCCUCAUCCAGUUCCUCCAGAACUCCAGACUCAUUUGACCCCCGGCUUCAGCUCCUGGAAGAGGCGGCCAGCCCCACCUUCCAGAUGGGGACGCACCUCCAGACAACAUCUGCUCCCCCGGCAGGGCGCGGAUGGCCGGAGCAGGCAGGUCACGGGCUCCCUGAAGACAGGAGCGCCCGGAUCGUUCACAAACAUCGUGUAUUAUUUUAUAGGAGAUAAUUUAUUUUUUCCCCCUUUGGAAUAACUUUUGUGAAUCAUCGUAAUGCAGUUUUCACAAUAAUAUAGUACUUUUCCUCUGAACCACAUUUUGACUGAUCUGCAUUGUAAUAGGUCAGUAGGGAGGGUUGCCUGGUGGAUUAUUUGGGGGACAGAGGCAUAAGGGAACACAUCUCUAGUGAAGUUGCAGCCAGAUUUGUAACCAGCCCUGAAAUUUGUCAGCCUCAUUGCUCACGUCCAAAUCAAAGAUGGCAAGAAAAUGAGUUCAUCCUAAAAUAUAAAAGAUAAGGGCUAAGGCCCUUUCCUGAAGAAGAACAAAACUCUUUUCUUAUAUUUGGGGGCUCCUGCGGCUUGAUGGGCAGUUCCUUCCCUUUCCCCUUUUUGCCCUCUCCCUCAGUAGUCUCUUUUUUCCUCCCAGGCUUGAGUUAAAGACAGGACCAGCUAGAGGAAAUGCUCCCUUUCCAAUGCAGUGAUUGCCAUUGCCCGGGAAGAACGAGGACUCUGUGUUGUAUCUUUCUCAACCACUCCUUAUUCUGGGCUCUGGAGCCUGUUCCCCUGCUGGAGACUGCACCCUUGAUAUUUGCUGCUUUUCCCUGUUGGCUCAGUGGACCCUAAUCUGGUGGCCUCCGAGGCCCUGGGCCAGGCCGUCUGUGCGGCUAGGCUUCUUGCCUGUUUGAGAGAAGAUAACAGACCAGUGUGGAAGAGAGAGGAGACAUGCAGGCCCUUGAUAUUGUUUCUUAUUUAAAUAUGAAGCGUGUGCUGACGGGGAUCUGAAGGUCAAGGUGCUGGGUGCCAUGGAAAGGUUAUAAAGGAAGCGGUUGGGAAAGCUGAUGUAUGGGGGCUCUUUGGCACUCAGGGGGCAGGGGCCCUGCCAGGAGCCACCCCAAGUGUUAUCCCCGCUGUGCUGCUAAGCAUCUCCAGCCUUUGGCCUGCAGGAGCAGAACUAAGCCCACCCAGGACCUUGCAGUCCAAAGCUUGGCCCACCUGCUGAAAGACGGUGAGAUUUGUGCUGCUUUCCUUUUCUCCAUACAGCCCACUCUGGUCAGUUGUGGUAUUAACCCUGCCCUCAGUUUGAAGCUCAGUCCUUAGUUCGUCUCCUUCUGGGCCUUCAUUGGCCACUGUCCUUCUGAAUUUUGUAGGUUAGUACAUAAUAAAUCAUGUUCUGCACAGUUUCCCUCCUGCUGACUUCUGGGGAAUUUUCCCCUCUACUGUCUAGUUUUUCUUGAUGCAACUUUUAAUUGUGGCUUUGUUCUUAAAAUUGACUUUUGCGGGUGUUCCAUGAUGCCUUCUUCCACUGCUCCCUUUUUUUUUUUCCUCCUGAGGUGCAAAUAUAAAGAAAGAAUGGCAUCCAGUCGACCAGAAAGAGUGUGCCUUUGUGGCUUCCGGUCACCACAACAGGCGGGUGCGGAAGCAGAUUCCUGAUGAACUACUUUGGGGUAUGAAUCAACUUGGUUUCACAUCUGGCCAGGUGUUAGAGUGGUGGUUCUCUGUAUUUGGACUCAGUAUCUGCCGAUGGAGGGCCUCCUACCUUCUCUUCCAAGGUCUAAAGAAUCAGUCAAGGAGUAGAACUUCAGCUGAGCGCCAUAGAUUCUGGAAUUUUGCUGCGUGAUCUGAAAAAGAAAACCACUAGUAUGACGUGUAUUUUCAGUGGAUCACAGCUCGUAACCCUCACUAGGAGACGCUCAGAAACUGGGUCAUCGGCAAGCAAAGAGGUAUUGUUUCCAUUUCCUUAGGGACUUCCCAUCCUUGGGAUAUUCUGCUGUUAGGGAUGUUUUAACAGUUGGUCUGCCGUUACUGGUUUAUUGUUUGAGGAACCACAUCGGUAUUUCUCUUUGUCUCUCAGGCCCCAGUGUGGGGUGUUAAAAUGUCUCAUGUGGGCAGCGUGUAGAUCUGCUGUCUCUGAG